UUUUCUUGUCUCUGCAUCACUGUCCACUUCAAUGCAAAUCUCGGACCUUCAUAUUUGCGCCCCACAGAAUAUUAGCGGCCGUCAGGUGGCGCAAAGGACCAGAUGCGACGAAUUAAAAUAAAGAAAAUUAACCGGUUUAUUUUAUUUGCAUCCCAAACGAGCGGUACCGAGCUCUUCUCAUCCCCCAUGACCUGAUACACUGUCUCCUGUUCAUGUGGGGGGAAAACGAGAGCUCUUCCAUCCUCAGCUCUUAUUCCACACACUGGGCACAGGAUUAGGAGUGAUGGAGUGUAAUUAUUCUCCGUGAUUAAAUCCUCCCUGCGUCCUCUGGAUCUUCUCCUGAUCUGAAACAUGGAGCUGGCGGAAAGGAGACGGAGCCGAAAAUCACAAAGCUUUAAACUGAUCAGUGACUCAGUUUUGCAAGAUCAUUCUAAGUGAGUCUUCUUCUAGACUACGGACAUAACCCUGACACAGUGGAGUACAUGGACAUGGACAUGGACAGCAAACCUCUGGAUGCCUCUGAGAAUGAAACAUGGCUAGGUGAGGAAGGCAUGGAGAUUAAGAAGCAGAUAACAGGCAUGAUGCGGCUGCUGAGUGAUAAGGCAGGCCGGGUGUACCAGAGAGUUGGAAGAGAGGGGGAAACACUUAAAGAGGAGCCACAAGAAGAUGGUUUGAGCUUGACUUCGAGUCGCAAGCAAGGCCCUGAAGAGCCAGAGCAUGGCUGGAACUCAGUGUCGCACAGUCAGUAUGAUACACGAUCCAAAACCCAGAAAAUGCAAAUGGACCAGAGCAAAAUCCGAGACUCGGCUCUGCCCCAUGUGCCUGCCAGCAUGAUGACAGAGUCCAGCUGUUGCAUGUGCAAUUGUAAGAGCACACUGCAUGCCAUCCUGCUGGAGUUACGCACAAUGAGAAAACUCAUGCAGACUCAAAGAGGACCACCAGAAAAACAGCAUGGUGUAGCCAGAGCAUCUCCCACCAGCAGGAAGAGAUCUCUUAGGAGGAGAACAGUGCAAAGAAUAAUAGCGUUAACCCCACCCACAAAAACUCCCUCGUCCAUACACACUCACAUUGUUGCCAAAUCAUUUGAGGAGAUUUGCCCUAAAAAUAAAGAAGAAGAACAAAAAGAGAGACCUGUGCCAUCUCCUCCAUCAACACCCGUAUCUAAUCCUCCAUCAUCAGCUCAGUACUGUCUGAACAGAGAUCAGAAUUGCACAGAGCUGGAGGUGCAGUUGGCAGAAGAAUAUGAAGUGUUCAUCCCGAAGGCACAGUUGGAUUCCAUCUUGUUGAACUACACACGUUCAGGCAGUCUACUUUUCCGCAAACUGGUCUGUGCCUUCUUUGAUGAUGCCACUCUUGCUAACUCACUGCCCAAUGGCAAGCGGAAGAGAGGUCUGAACGACCAGAGGAAAGGACUGGACCAGAACAUAGUGGGAGCCAUUAAGGUGUUCACAGAAAAAUACUGCACAGCGAACCGAAUCGAGAAACUUCCUGGUCCACGAGACUGGGUCCAGAUUCUUCAAGACCAAAUCAAGCUGGCUCGAAGGCGCUUAAAAAGAGCGGAGACGACUGCAGACAGUGAGGAGACCAACAGGACAUGCACAUAUAAAACAGGUGCUGAUUGUCAGGUCGAUGUGCAAAAUGCUUAAGAUGACUAUUUUUUCUCAUGGAGUUCAAGCAGUUUGGACUGCACCAUGUUCCAGUGAUGUUUAAAGAACUAUCAAAGGCCUCAAGGUCAUUUUGUUUCUCAUGCAAGGGCUUGAUAGAUAUAGACAAAAGAAAAUUGUGCAAUUUUCUUCAAGGACAGGAAGAACUUGCUCAUUCAACAACCGAAACCUCCCAAACUCUCUGGCGUCCAUACAUGCAGGACAUUGAUUAUUAUAUUUUUAUGUUUGAAUACAAAAAUAUUUCCUGUGAAAUUGUGUGGGUUUAAAUGUAUGUGAAUGGCAGGUCAUUGAUCAUCUGGUUGGAGGCAUAAUGUAUAAUGUAUUUUUUACUUCCUUUACCUCAUUGAAGCACUUCACAAAAAAAAGCUCUGAUGUUGAAAAAAAAACAAUAAAUGACUGUGUGCCUUUAAAUCAUUCUGCUGUAUGAAGUAUGAUCCUCCACAGUAGAGGAUGCACCGAUCCAAAUUUUUCCAUUUGCAAUGAUAUUGAUAUCAGAGCCCUGGGAAAUGGCAAACACCUCAUACCAAUUUGAUUCCGACAUCAAAUUGGUGACUGUGUCGACUCUGCAAGCCUCUGUAAUGUGUAACAUCAAAGGUAUAAUGGUGGGUUCAUGUGACAAGCUGUAUCCUGUGUUCAAGCAGAAGAUCAUAAAAUAUAAUGUGGAUCAGACAAAUAUUAAUCAUCUGAUUUAACAGCAAAUCCUGCAUUUGUAUCAGCCUUGAUAUCAGUACACGGCACUGGAUUGUCACAUGUCUAACAGUAUUCUAACAAACAUUUUACGUCACUGUUACAAGAGUUACAUAAUCUACAGUAUAUUGUACCAUUUUUGCUAGAGUUUUUAACAUUCUCUUUGCUCUGUAGACAGUGUAUAAGUAUGGUAACCCUAAAAGCUGUGCCAAAUGGCUUGUGCUAAAUUCCUCUCUACGUAAGAGAAUGUGUUUUUGUAAUAUGUGUGAAUUAUGUCCCACAUCUUAGUCACAUGGAUUUUAACUUCUUCAUUGAUUGUUGUAAUGUGCGCACAGAUUAUGAGAUGUCAAGUUGUUUAAAAUGGCCAGAA